AUGGCGUUAAAGAACACCAUGGAGUUCUGGCCUCCAGCCCAUCCUGGGUUCCCUCACCAGCUGCUGCUGAAGGCCCUUUCUUCCUGGGUUCCCCCGUGUCCGGUGCAGGGGGUCGAGAAAUACCGCCUCUACACACGGCCACGGUCCGGUGAGGUGGUUCUCUCUGUAGGGUACUUUAAAGCAAAAUGGUACUUCGCUACUCCGGGAGACCCCAUCUUCCCACCUUGCAAAAUCUACACCAGCGCGGGACCCACAGAGCCUGCUAAGGCGGAGUCCCCGUGGGCGGGUGUGAGCGUACGCAGGGAGCCCCCAGGGAUCGAGGCAAAAUGGAUUGAGUCUCCGAAAGAUGGGCGGAGCGCCAAGCCGGCUCCUGGUAGCCGAGUUCGCUAUAGCUCUCGGGCGUGUCUUAGAGCACUCAGCCAGUGUGGGGCCAAGUGGGGCAAGUGCCAGCGUGACCUUGAUGUGCCAUUCACCACGCUUUGGGUCUGUGGGAACCUGUGCGAGUUCAACUUGCAUAUCGAGAAGUGUUAUUUCUGUUCGGGGCCAAUCUACCCUGGCCACAGCAUGAUGUUCGUCCGCAACAAUUGCAAGGUGUUCAGAUUUUGUAAAUGCAAAUGUCAUAAAAACUUUAAAUUAAAGAAGUGCAAUCCUCGCAAGGUCAGGUGGACUAAAGCAUUCCGGAAAGCAGCUGGUAAAGAGCUUACAGUGGAUAAUUCAUUUGAAUUUGAGAAACGUAGAAACGAACUUGUCAAAUACCAGAGAGAGCUAUGGAAUAAAACUAUUGAUGCAAUGAACAGAGUUGAAGAGAUCAAACAGAAACGCCAAGCUAAAUUUAUAAUGAACAGACUGAAGAAAAAUAAAGAGCUACAGAAAGUCCAGGACAUCAAGGAGGUCAAGCAAAACAUCCAUCUUAUCCGAGCCCCUCUUGCAGGCAAAGGAAAGAAGUUGGAAGAGAAAAUGGUACAGCAAUUACAAGAGGACGUGGACAUGGAAGAUGUUUCCUAA